AUGUGCUGCGUGAUUCUCUCGCCGUUGGUUUUUAACGUGCUGCUGCUGCCUCGUAGUGUGGGACCUGGAGGUGAACGACGGCGCUCCAGCACGGCCCUACCGCAUGAGCAAAACACUGAGGAAGAUCCUCCACAAGAAGAACAGAAGGAACACUCUGACUCCUCUGAGUCGCCGAGCUCAUCUCGACCCAACACGGCCCCGGGGAAGAUGCAGAGGCCCGUGCGCUUGAAACCGAUCCACAGUAACAGCACCACGGCGUCGGUCAGACACAGCUCCCCUUACAGACUGCUCCAGUCCUCUCAUGACAACCACCUGCCAUUCAACUGCACUAUGGAAAAAGAGCCUCGGAGACGUUUGACUGCAGUGGAGGCCUCCCAUGGCAUCUCGCCCUAUUGCCUCCCAGUUAUCAACAACUUUGUCACUCCGGUGCCUCCAGCUAUGAAGAGGAAAGAGAGAGGGUUAAAGGGCACAGCCAGCAGUACUGUCAGAGGCCGCAGACUGCGCCCGACCACCGCCUCCAGUGGAGCUGACGACGCCCCACUGCUGAGGAGCUCCGUUCACCAAAGCAGAGUGUGUGUCAACAUGGUGUACUUUGGCAAAACGGUGCGUCUUUCCAGCGACAUGACCGACACGAGGGACGACGUCAAAGUGUUUCAGCAGCACUGUGGAGGAGAGAACCUGUGUGUGUACAAGGGAAAGCUUCAUGAAGGGGAAACUUUCCAGUUUAUUUCACGUCGACACAGAGGCUUCCCCUUCAGCUUGACCUUCUUCCUGAACGGGCUGCAGGUGGAGCGGCUGAGCUCCUGCUGCGAGUUCAAACACAGGAAAGGCUCACGACUCGGCGGCAAACACGGGCACUUUGGCUUCACCGGCGUCGAGGGGGCAUCUCCAUGCUACAAAUGCAUCAUAGCAAUGGGACUGGACAAAAAGCCCACUCCUCCACCAAAGAGGAUCAAGGAGGAUACAAGAAGAGAGGAAUCAGUCAACAGCCCAAAAGAUGAAGGUGAGAUGGAGACGGCGAGGACUGGGGAGGAUGCUGGCUCCCACUUGGAGGGUGGAACCAGUGAGCCGCAGAACAUGGAGACUCCAGUCAAAGAAGGAAGAGCGCUCGCUGAGCAAAAAGGCAGAGAUGAUUAUGAAGAAGACUUUGAAGCAGACGACGAAGGAGCUGCAGAGGAGGCGAAAGAAGAGAAAUGCCCAACCAGUGAAACAGAGGUUAAAGAGAGGGAUGCCUCUGAGCCUGACGAUGAUGACAGGGAUGACAUGAGAUCUCAUUCAGGCUCCAGCUCCUCAGGCAGCGAGCACGAGGAGAGUGAUGCUGAAGCCACAAGAGACAUCAACGAGGACAAUGAGGCAAAGCAACAGAAAGAGGAGGAAACCAUCGCUCAGCCCGAGGAAAAAGAUGAACCAAAUCCAGAAGAAGAUGUUGGCACAGAAGCUGAGUUUUCUGCGGGCAAAGACUCGCACAUGGACAGUGCCGGGGACAGCACGGAGAUAGAAAUAUCUGACACCAGCGUCCCCUCAGGAAGUGAGACUAGACAGAGGGAUGACAAAGAUGCUGAGAAGCCUGUAGAGGAGAGCAACCAGGAGGACGAACAGGAGAGAGCCAAAUCUGUGCAAGAAAAACUGUCCGAAGCCGUACUGAAGGAGUCGCAGUGCAGCUCCGAGCCUGAGCUGAGUGACACCAGCACCGAGGAGGAGGACGAGUCCACACAUAAAGGCCCUCAACAGGACAACAAAGAUGCAGCUCCAGUCGAGCUUGUCACGCCUGCAGAACAACAGCAGACCAUUGCAGAAGAGGCAGAAUGUGAAGAAAGCGAUGCUGGUGACGUGGUGGUGGCACAGACGCAGGAAGAUUCACCCGAAACCAAAGAACAGAGUGGAGACGAUGAGCAGGAGCCUCAGGAGAACAGAGACAGUACUGAAGAUGACAAGGCUGCAGAAGAGGAGGAUAAAUCAGAGGAAACAGGUGAAGCUUUGCAUCCUUCGAAAGAAGAAAAUGUGACACAAGAUGACAAGACAACUGAGCCUCUUGAAGAAACCCCCGCUGAAACUGCUGAUGCUGAGGCUGCAGAGGAAGGAAAGGAGAAAAGCGCUGAGGAGACUGACGUUCAGCAUGACGAGACCGGGCAAGGGGCAAAAAGCAGUGAGGAGGAUGAGUCAUCAGAGCCGGAUAAAAAGACUGAUGAGACAGCAGCGCCUGAUAAUGCAGAGGCAGCCAGAGAAACAAUAGAGAUAAAAGCAGAGUCCUCAAAGGAGCAAGAGGCCCUCAGCUAUGAAGAGGCACCUGUAAGUGACGCAGAGAAGGAGGAGCAGGCAGACAGCGAGGACAGAGCGGCAGGGUCAGAAACUGAAGUCAAUGCAGAGAACUCGAGCAGCUCGCCAAGUGGGAGUGGAGAAACCACAGUGGAAAAAACAGCAGAUACGGGUGAGGAAAAUGCGAUAGAAGAAAGUAAAGAUGACAUUAAAGAAGAACAAAUAUUAGAGGAUGAGAGUGACGAACAGUGCGAGCUGCGAGAGGAGAGGAGGACUGGAGCAUCGGAGGAAACGGGUGAAGAGGAAGACAAAGAGGAAACUGAGGAGGAGGAGAAACAAACUCAUGUAACCUCUGAUGAAGGAGAAGAUGAAAAAACUGAGAAAAGAAAUGAUGAUGAAAAUGUUAAAAAUGAUGAAGAGGGUAAUGAGGAAAGUAAGGAAGAUGAAGGGACAGAAAACACAGCAGAAAGUGCUGAAAAUGGCUUUAAAACAAAGGAAGACGAAGAAGAAGCUGUGAAACUUUUGAGCGAGGAGGAUAAAGUCGCCGAUGACGAGAAAGUUGAAGAAAAGACAGAAAAUGAUGAGAACAAACUGGAGGAAUCUGAAGUAGGUGACAAAAGUGACAAUGAGAGUAAACCAGCUGUUCAAGAAAAUGAUGAUGAGGCAGAAAAAUCAGAAAAUCAGAACAAAGCUGAGAAAAGUGAAGACAAAGAGAGCAAAAAUGAUGAAGAGGAUGACAAGGACAUAAGUGAAGCACCUGUAGAAGAAGGAGAAGAAAUAUCUGAGACCACAGAAGAAGCUGAGAAAAGUGCAAAUGAAGCAGCAGACGGGACUAAAUCAGCUGAUGAGACGCCAGAGGCUGAGAGUGUCGAGCAAGAUGCUGGAAAAACCAGCAACACGAGUGAAAAAGAAGAAAUUAAUGCUGAAAACGGGGAGAUCUCUACCGAACCCGAGAGCAAUAAUCAUAAAGACGACGGAGAGUCUCAGUUAAAAGACAAAAAUGACUUGAAAGCCGAAGAAGAGGGUGACGAAGAAAGCAAAGCGGACGGGCCUGCUGACGACGAGAGCGCAGACAUUAAAGAAGUCGCAGUGGAGUCUGAAGAAGGUGCUAAAAAACACGAUGCUGACGAGGUUGAUCAGGCUGCCGGGGCUGAUGAGGUAGAACGUGAUGCUGAGGGUGAAAAAAAUGAUGAAUCAACUCCAAGCAACUCACAGCCUGAGACAGCAGGUACAGAAAUGAAAGCGGAGCCGAAAUUAGGUGACAGAAAAGACAGCGAGGAAGCAGAAGAUCAAAACGGCAACAAAUCCGACUGUGAUAACGAAAACAAAGAGACAGACUUGGUAAAAAAGGAGACCAGCACUGAGAAAAACACGGAUGAGGUCACAGCUGGUUCUUCAGGGAAUCAGGAACAAUCACCGGUUGCUGUUGACUUAGAUGUUAUGGCUUCCAAAUUAGAUGAAGAAAGCAAAGAUACAAAGUCUGACGUGUGCCCACAGACUGAUGAAAAUGCAGUUGGUGGUGAUGUCUCUGCUGCCGACGGAGAAAACGGAAGAGACGCAGAAGAUGCGAGUAAGGCCUCGGAGGAAGGAGCGAGUGUGCUGCUCAAACCUCAAAACAAUGAGGCUGAUUGUACAGAAGAGACUGUUGCAACUGGGAGAGAAAGUCCAGAGGCCUUGGCAACAGAAGACAGCACAGAUCUAGUCAGUAACUGGGUCAACAAGCACCAGUCGUCAAAGUUUUUCGAGACAUUCGUUGAACCACUGGAGGAUAUGAGGGAGGAGAUAUCUGACACUCCAGUGUCCAGCUCAAAUAAAGAAGAGACGAAAUCUACCGAGCUGCCAAGAUCAGGCAGUCCACUCAAGAUGGCGACGGUGUCAGAAGAUGAGGUGAAAGUGGAGGAGAAGGCUGAAGUGAAAGACUUAAUGCUAAAACCUAAACCUGAACAAAGUGAGGAGGAGUCUGCAGCCGUGCAGAAGAUGAGGUCAGAAGAGCACAAAGGAAGCACGGGAUCUCUUCAAGAGUGUAACGGUCAAGAAAGUGCAGAGAAAGGAAUUAAUGAGGAAACUGAAGUGGAAAGCACUUCAGGUAGUCGUCAUUCAGCCUCUGAAAAACCUGCGAGUGUUUCUAAGAGCCAACCUGAUGAGAAAACUAUCGAAAACAACUUCAAUGUAACAGAGCCGCAAACUGAAGAAGCUAAUCAGUCCACGAGCCCGCUUGGAACCGAAGAUGUCAAUGAAACACGGGGAAAAGCAGACGAGCAAAGUCGAGAAGUUACAGAAACAACUGAUUUUACAACGUCGAAGUCUGACGACGGAAGCCCGGAGGACUCGCGCGACGAGGAGAUCGAAGGCAAAGCGUCAGACAGGAGCGUCAGCAGAGGCGGGAAAGACCUGCAGCUGAUCGAAGACAUCAAACACACGCUCAGUAAAGACCGGCUGAGCGCCUUUUCAGUGGACGACACGUUGUUUGCUCACAGUUCGUAUCCUUUACUGACUGCUGCGAGUGCUGAGAGCGGGCAUUAGAGCCGCUCCGGUCAGAGUGACAAUGAGGGAAAGUGACGCUUUACUUCUUUUUUAGGUUUUAAUUUUACAAAGACGCCUAUAAAGUCAAGUUAUACAAAUGAAAAGUUUGAAGAUUCUCGAUGCACAGACAAUCAAAAUGUGACAGUUUUUCACAAAAGCCCGCCGCUGUCUCGUGCUUUCUGCUUUUAAAUUACAGCAGCCUCGUAAACCGUCAUCAUCUUUCACCAUAAUGAGUUUUGACUGCUGCAUGAAAUGUUUACAAUAGAUCAUCUCUUCCUUUUGUUGGUAACAAAGAGCUCUUGGUUGAUAUGAGGUAUCAUGAUGCUAUCAGCUAUUACCUGAAAACAGAUACUCGCGCACACACACGUGGUUGAAUAAUUCAUAGAUGUUGGACUCCCACGUCUUUAGCUUGCCCCGGUACUCUUUACAUUUCCAUUGACUGGAUACAAGUGGUGCAGCUUUAGCAGAGAUGUGUAAUCGAACACUGUUAAUGGCAUCAUCAGUCAGUCAGCACACUCACAUAAUUACUGGAUCGCAGUAGCUAGGAGAAUAUACAGUAGAACAACAAGAACGCAAAGCUCGAUCUUCAUCAUUAGGCUGAUGAUAAUUAGUUUGGUGGUGACUAGGAAAUGUCAAAUAUAAGCUCAGUUGUUGUUUGUAAUGCUGCUAACUCUACCUCUACUUCCUCUGAUAUGUUUAACAUGUAUUUGCAUUUCCCUUUUGUCUUUUUUUACGGCUAGCUUGGAUUUGUGAGGCUUAAUCGUUUCAUUUGAUAUCUGUCAGUAACCGAAAGUUU